AUUUGCUUGCACGAGUCUUGAUUUGCUGUAAUUCGUUGCUGGUCGUCCCUUCCCCUUUUGUUUUUAGGGUUUUGGGCUCCCGAGGAACGAGAACAAGCACCCUCAUCAAUUUCUUCGCAACCCUCUUUCAAUUAACACAAGCUUACAUCGAGUAAAGCUGCUCGGUGACUUGUUUGCUUCUUCUAUUCAUUAAAGGACAUUCUGGUCCUAGGUAUUCUUACAUAAUUUUUGGAAGCUUGACAAGUAAGACUCGAUGUCUCGACUCACCCAGAUCAAGCACAUCCGGCUAUGAACUAUCAGUGGCGAUCACCAGGAAAAGGUCGGUUUUCCUACGUCGACACACCAGUCCCGAUCCGCAGCAGCCUCCAAGAUGCAAUACGUCCAGGUACUGUUGCGUCGCGCAUCGAAUCUCUUCAGAAACUUGCGAGCCCAAGUCUUCCACGAUCUCAUCCUCCACCUAUCUCAAUCACACGAGGCGAGGAUUCGCGCAUUGGUUUUGGUCGGCGCAUAAACAAUCGUUUUGGAAACCCCGCUCUCCAAAAUACCAACCCAGACGAAGAGCCGCACAACGAGACCGCAUGCCAUUCCUUUCUUGGCUUAAAUACACCUAGAGUAACCCACGAAGAACAACAUGAUAUCGCUGGUCAGAGAACGAAAUACGCUCGGUCGCCAGGAAUCAAUGGCCAAAUAUUUCCCGAUGGCAGGCCAGCGAGGACACAGCACGAUGCUGUCGCUCCAUGGGAAGUGCUUUCAAGAAGCCAUCGGACUAGAACCAUGGGUCGACAUGUCACGGACCUAGAAAGUGAUAUGCAGACGGAGAGCAACAUCUCUAGGAAACAAGCACGUUUUACGGCAGAGAGCUCAACAUCCCGCUGGUGCGAUGAGGCGAGGUAUCUCGACCUCUACCGUCGAAAUAUCGAAUCGAGACCAGCAGAUACCAUCAACUCAGAGGCCUCCAAUGCUACAAGCUCUACGACCCGUCGGCAAAGCGUGCGAGAUCUUUUCAAGGACUUUGGCAUCGAAAGACCUGCGGGCCUGGCUUCUAGAGAGACAUUUUAUGAUAAGUCAGAGGCUCCAAAGCUCAUGAGGCGAGGGACACAGUGCCACAUCUGUUCUAGUGUGAAUCCGAGCGUUUCCAUCGCUUGCUCCAGAUGUAGUCACAAACUCUGUCUGAGGUGUGAUGCAUCGCGUGAAAAUGAGGUUGUGGGCGCCAAAGAACCAGAUCACAGCAAGGAAAAACUCACUUCAAAGGAGAAUCGGUCAACAUAUCGAGCUAUCAAUGAAAGUAAUUUCAAGUCAGCUGAACCGCGGAAGCAGGUGCCGCUGCCAUCCCUGCACAUACCACAGCUACCAAUCAAAAUCCCAGGGGUCUCUGUCUUCGGGUCUGAUUGAAAGUCCAGCCAAG